AACCUAGCAACACAGGGGCCACCGAGUUUGUUAACUGUGGGCAGAGAAACUUGCAUCUUUAGGAGUCGGGUUGCCAGAGAGUGUGAAGUCCAGGAGAGCCUUUGAGUUGGCCGCCUCCUCAGUGGCAGCCUCUCUGGAGAUGGCCUUGGAGCACCUAAGCAUACCCCCCUCCUACCCCGGGCUGGCCAUCCAAAGGAUCCCGCUGCGGACAGGUAUAGUCCCGGCAGAGCCGAUGAAGACCUUGGUCCCGUCCAAAUCCAAGCUCAGCACCAUUGAAGCCAAGAGGAUCAUGUCCGUGCUGGACGAGGCCAUAUACAAGGUAGAGCUGAUAACCCUGAUGUCCUACAUGGAGUCCCACCCAGAGGCCCUGGAGGGCGCGCUGCCUGAGGAUUUCGUGAACACCAUGAGAGAGCAUGUGGACAUCGGCCAGACCCUGGUGGAGAUGGCCGGCAUCCUGCAGAGGAAACAGAAGCAGCUGGAGGAAGAGGAGGAAGCGGAGGAAGCCUGGAUCCGGGAGCGCCUCCUGUCGCUGGAGGUGCAGAAGGCCAGCCUGUGGCCGCUGACGCACCAGUUCCGAGACUCCACCAAGACCGUCCUGAGGCUCCUGCUCAGCCAGCCCCAUUUGAGCAGGCUGCUGCAGAUGCAGGCCCCGGGCAGGAGCCCAGGGGCCCAGUGCCUCCUCGACGGCCUGGUGGAGCUCCGCAGCUUCCUCUUCGAGAAGCUCCUCACCAGCCCCAUGGAGGUGAAGGAGAAGAACCAGUUCAUCCAGGACAUCAGCCGGAGGAGCGAGAGGAACCAGGAGGUCAUCGACGGCCUCCAGGCUGAGCUGGCCGACGUGCUCAAGAACAAGGAGUCAGAGGUGGAGAAGGAGAACUUUGUGAUCCAGGAGCUGAAGAAUCACCUGCACCAGGUGUUCAAGUUCUCAGAGAGCAGCCUCCUCCGCACGAAGCAGGAGGCGGAGAAGCAGCAGAAGGUGGAUUACCGGGCCUCCCAGGCCAGGCUGGCCAAGACGCAGCAAGAUAUCCUUGCGCUGCGCGCACAGUACCACAACCUGGUCAUGGAGAACCGGGAGGCGGAGCAGGCGCUGAGAAAGAAAAAAUACAAAGUGGAGACAGAAAUCGAGAACUGGAUCCAGAAAUAUGACAUGGAGAUGAGCGAGAAGCAGGACGAAUACGAGGACCUGGAGAGCAUCCACAAGGAGGAGAAGCUGCAGCUGGAGGAGCUGAAGGAGAGGCACGCAGUGCUGGUGGAGGAGUUCUCCCAGAUCCGCGCCGAGAGCGAGAUCAAUUCCAAGAAGCGGGUGGAGGCAGAGCGCGAGAUGGUGCGCAUGGUGAGAGCCGCCACACUCAUCCAGGCCGUGUGGAAGGGCUACCUGGUGCGCUCCAUGCUCAGGUCCAAGAAGAAGAAGCGGGGCAAGGGCAAGGGCAAAGACAAGGGGAAGGGCAAGGAGAAGUCCAAGGAAGAGAAGGGCAAAGAGAAGAAACCCAAGGCCAAGGCCAAAGGCAAGAAGAAGUGACCACAGCCUGGGCUGGCCCCGCCCCCCGCCCAGCUUCAACCACGCCCCACCGUCUCCUGGUUGUGCCCCUGUUCUGCCCCAACCCUUCCAUCCCUGGCUUUAAUGAUGGCUAUAAUUAAAA